UGUGUGUGUGCGUGUGCACGCGGCGUCAGGUCAACUGGAGUAGUGCGUACUCCCGUAAGCCCUCCGCGUCGUCAGUUUUUUGAGUGUCUCGGUCCGUGCGGUGGGCUCUACCUCGCGCGCUGGCUGGCUGGCGAGGCUCGUCGUCCUCUAUAUUGUAAUAUUAUUAUACGCACAAUAUACACGCGCGUAGUUAUUGUUGUUGUCGUUGUCGUUGUCGUUGUUGUUGUUGUUGUUGUUGUUUUGUUAUUAUGUUAUAUUAUUAUGCCGUCGGUGCAGCAGCGUACCGUUUUGUCGUUAUGCCGUAGCGGUGGUGUGCACGCGUGCGAUAAUAAUUACUAUUGAGCGAUCUGUGCGGUGUACCGUCGCCGUCGCUGUAGUGGGCGAGACGCGACGCGGAUAGGACCGCGACCGGUGAACGGGUCGGCCCGAAAACGAGGAAACCAUAACCGAAUAUCGCCGGGAGACGACAUCGAACGCGGUCGUGGAAGUCUACAGCUAGGUCCGGGUGCUAUAGCCGGCCGUCGACGAUGCUAUUCGGCUGGUCGCCGGGCAGCAACGACACUAGCACCGGUACCAAUAGCGCCUGCACCAGCACCAGUGGCACCGGCGGGAACGUCGGCGUGUGCGGCGAAUGGAGUACGGCUGGACAGCGCGACGGCAUCGCGUACAGGCCGUGUGUACCACGUACGCGGCACGUCAUGUACCUGAAAUCAGUUGACAAUCCUAUCUGAAUGAUCCAGCGCAGCGGUGUCUCAAAAGAUAAUUGCAAGUGAUUAAGAUAUGACGGCGAUAUAUAUAGGCAAUUUCGAUGAGUGUGCUUGUGCCGAUUGAAAGGGGCGAUCCAGUUGGAUCACAGGGUGGGUCGCCACCGUGCACGGCCAGGCACAGGUUCACUCCUCCUGGAAAUCCCAGUACACCGACGGAUCCACUACCUGUGCCUCCAGACGUUGCCGAACCGAACGCGGCCAUUGAAACGCAAGUGACAACCGCUCAUAAGCAUCCAUGCAUAUCUUGUUGGUGUUGUUGUUGCGGAUGCUCUUGUGUUUAUUUGCAUGCGUACAGGAGUAGGAUAUGCAAGCUAUGGGAUCGUUUUUGUUUCCCAUUAAAAGGUCAUCCCCCCAAAACAAAUGGAAACGGGUCUAGUGGCGGCAUAAUCGAAAAUCCUGUUGAGCUAAGGCCUCCGUUGGACGAAAUACGAAGCUGGAGUAAAUCAUUUGACCGACUUCUAAAGUGUCCUGCGGGAAAAAAGAUAUUUCGGGAUUUUUUACGAUGCGAAUACAGCGAAGAGAACAUAUUGUUCUGGAUGGCAGUUGAAGAGUUAAAAAAAGAAUCGAAUCCUGAUGUAAUAGAGGAAAAAGCUCGGUUCAUUUAUGAAGAUUACAUUUCGAUUUUAUCUCCUAAAGAGGUGAGUUUAGACUCUCGUGUUCGUGAUAUCGUCAAUAAGAACAUCAAUCAACCAUCAUCUCAUAUGUUCGAUGAAGCUCAGCUACAAAUUUACACGCUUAUGCAUAGGGAUUCUUAUCCAAGAUUUAUUAACUCGUCGCAGUACAAAAAAUUAGCCAAACUCGAAAAUGGAGCUACCGGUAAUGCUCCAAACAGUGGCCAACAAACCCCAACCAAACGCAAACAGAGCAAUAUAUGAAAAAUAAACUUGGACAAUUUUUCAGCGAUAAUAAUUCGUAUUUGGUGUUCAAGCCUGCGUUUGGACCCAUGUAUUUGGGACCAGAAUUGAUAAAAUGUUCGUAGAUUAACAUAUUAUACAGGUAGUAUAAGGAAAAAUUUGUAUUUAAAACCGCGAUGUAAAAAUAAAUUAGGUUUUAAUUAUUAAGGAAAUAAAUGUUUUAUACAUAAUAAUUAAAAAUUUUAUUUCAUUCGCAACAAUACAUUUUUUGUAUCUUAAAAAAGUAGUUAUUAUAAUUUUAUAUCAUCACUAUCUUGUGUUUGUCAUGUGGGUACUUUCAUUGAAGUACUUAAUUGUUUUUAUAUUAAACUUACACAACACAAAUUCUUUUCUCUAAAAAUAUGCAAUAUUUAAUAAAUUAUUAUGUGUAAAUAUAAAACAAUAAUGAUUGAUGUCAUACAUUAUAAAUAAGUUUAUAUUAAAAUGAAAUUGUGUUACCUACAAAAAUUAAUGCUAUAAAAUUGCAUAUAAUAACAUAUAAUAAUUAUUUAAGACUAAUAUACGCAAUACUCGGUAUUCAAUACAAUUUAAUUCGAUACACUGACGGUAUUAACUCAAUUUAAAUGUUUUAAUAGAAUCGUUAAUUUUUGUAAUUGUCAUACCUACUUCCGUUCUAUAUGAUUUCGUACAAACCAUGUAAUAGUAAAAUAUAAUUUACUACAUAAUCAUUUCUAGUCUAAAAAAAGACUGUAUAAUUUUAGUUCAUUAAUAUUAUUACCUCUAUCAUUCUUGUAUUAUUAUUUUUUUAUUUUUUUUAUUUAUAUUAUGUUAUAUAAGAAGCUUUUAAGUGUGCCAAUUAAUCUUAUGAGUUUAUGAUAAUUAUUGUUUUUUUUUUUUUUUUUAGUAUUGUGAAUAUGACAUUUAAAACAAAUUUAAAAUGUACAAUACUACGGAACACACAAUUUCCUAGACUUGAAUUAAGGUGCACUUUACGCACACAUUUCUAAUGAACAAAUUUAGUAUGUUUCUUCAAAAUAUAGUAUAAUACAUAUUACAAUAUUAUAUUUAGUUCAGACUAAUAAUAAUUAUUUUAGAUACACAAUAUAAUAUUAUGUAUGACCGGUAAAAUUAACAUAACAGGGUACAACAUAAUCCUUGUUUCAUAAAAUAUUGUACUCCCAGGAAUGUCAUGAGAGACUAGUUCAUCAUUUUUAAUGAGGACUAAGCUUUCAAUCAAGUUCGAUUGUAGACUUUUAUAGGCAUAAUAAAACAUUACUCAUAAAAACAAUAUUAUACUAUGUAAACAUUUUUUUUUAGUAAUUUUACUUGGAUAGAACAGUUAUAUUGAAAUUAUAUAAUUCUUGUGAAUUUCUACCGUUAAAAAAAACUGCAGUAAUUUUUUUU